CUGCAGUCCUCGGCGGAGUGGUCAAAACAUAAUGAUGGCGCGCUUAAAAUAUACAAGUACGUGGACUCGAACCUGGACGUCCGGACGGAGGUGAGCGACGGCGGGGACCGGCUGUACCGGCACAGGAAGGUCUGGAAGCGGAACCUGGACCACCUGUCCAAGCUGAUGCGGACGCUGCAAGCGAACCAAUCGGAGAUGAAGCGGCGAGUGGCUCAGCUGGAGAAGCAAGUGGCCGAGGGCGGCGGGGCAGGUGCCACGAGCGCGACGACCACCGCGGAAACGGGGAUGGCCCUUCUCACCCGGGUCGGGACGCUCGAGAUGAAGGCGAAAACGCACUCGGACUCCCUGCUCAACGUGACCGAGCAAGUCACCGCCCUGGACAAACUCCACUCCUCCAUGCUCCAGCUCCUCGAGUCGGUCGAGUCCCUCGAGAACAAAGUUGAUAAGAAUAUCCCCGACCUCCAGCGGGAGAUCUCCAAGCUCGAGUUCAACUUCGCCAAGAUCUCCUCCUCCCUCCAACUAAUCACCGAGGACCAGGAUAACCAGAGAGUAUCCGUAAAGGCAAUGGGAGUGGGGUUGUCAAACAUGCAAAGCAAACAGGAAGCUGAUCAAAUUCGGAUCAACUCAUUAGAGGCUGAAAUUCACAACAUUACCUCCAGUAACAUCCCUUCCAAUACCUCAUUUUCAGAUCUCAUCACUCAACUUACUAGAGUUCAUAAGCAAUAUGAUCAGAUCGUCCGAAAAUUUCCAACCGAUUGCAACGGUGUGAACGAAUCCACCGGUUUGACGGUGAUUUCGCCGGCGGUUGACUCUCUGCUCUUCGCGUCGUGCAAGGAGGGCUGGACGGUCAUCCAGAGGAGAAUCAACGGCUCUGAAAACUUCGACAGGAAGUGGGCUGAAUAUGCAGCAGGCUUCGGUUCACCUUCCGGCGAAUUCUGGAUUGGGAACGAGGUGUUGCACCAGCUGACGAAAAACAACGACUCGAUGCUGAGGGUGGAUUUCACCGAUAUCGACGGGAAAAACUACAGGGCUGAAUAUUCCGAGUUCAGCGUGAGCAGCAAGGAGGAUGGAUAUCGGUUGAACGUGGCAGGCUACUCUGGCAACGCAAGUGACGCCUUGGAGUACCAGAACCGAAUGCAAUUCAGCGCGAUUGACUCGGAUCGCGACAUCAGCAACACGAAUUGUGCGGCAAAUUAUGAGGGAGGUUGGUGGUUCUCCUACUGUCAGCACGCCAAUCUCAACGGUCAAUACAAUUUGGGCCUCACGUGGUUCGACGUGAGCAGGAACGAGUGGAUAGCAGUGGUUCAGUCGGAGAUGAGCAUCAGGCCAAGACCUAAAUCAUCAUGAAUGCCCAAGUUUUGAAGAGCUCCAUUCACCGGGAGGCCGAAAGUGGCGGUAAAUUUUGAACGAUUUUGGAGCAUUAUUUUCACGCUGUGAGAACAGGAGGGAAAAGUUGCCUACCGGGAGGCUUGUCAGGAAACCAGAGCCGCGCCUAACCCUCCAAGCAGGUAGUACGGAUUGCCAUACCUAUCACCCGGUGAAGGUAUUGAUACCGGAUCGGAGUGUAGUGUGUUUUGCGUAUCUACUUUUAGAAGGGGCUCCUCGUAAUCUUCAUCGCGAUAAAGAUAAAAUUGAAAUACACGGAGAAAAUUAAAUUGCUGAUUUAACAAUUCAAUUGC